AAAAUUUUCUUUGCAGUACUCCAAUUAUUUAAUGAACUGUGGUUCUGUAUACAUUUGAUAAUACUCUUGACCUAUGUUGUUAUGCAAUGACGUACUUUUACACAUUUAUCUUGAAAACCUACUAUCCGGAAGUGGCGCUUGGUAUUUGGCAUGCGCAUAAUACCGAGGAAGAAAAGCACCAGUGUUUAACCGACGGCAUUAAAUUGUAAACAUUAGGAACCUGGGCUACUUCUCUCUGUAGCUGGGAUGGAAAUAUAAGGUUAACCUAAGGGUGUGGGACCAAACCUUGUUCUUCAGUGCAUGGACGCAAAGCCAAUGCGCAGGGUCACCAGUGCACGCCAAGACGCCACUGGAAUGGACAUCACCAGCCGCUGUACUCUGGGGGACCCCAACAAGCUCCCUGAAGGGGUCCCCCAGCCUGCACGCAUGCCUUAUGUCUCGGACAAACACCCACGGCAGACCCUGGAGGUCAUCAACUUGUUGAGAAAACACCGCGAGCUCUGCGAUGUCGUGCUGGUGGUGGGUGCCAAGAAGAUUUACGCUCACCGUGUGAUCCUGUCUGCCUGCAGCCCCUACUUCAGGGCGAUGUUCACUGGGGAGCUGGCAGAGAGCAGGCAAACAGAAGUAGUUAUCCGCGACAUCGAUGAGAGAGCCAUGGAGCUGCUCAUUGACUUUGCUUACACUUCACAGGUGACUGUAGAGGAAGGAAACGUCCAGACGCUGCUCCCUGCUGCCUGCCUUCUCCAGCUGGCAGAGAUCCAGGAGGCCUGCUGCGAGUUCCUCAAGAGGCAGCUGGAUCCCUCCAACUGUCUGGGCAUCAGGGCCUUCGCAGACACACACUCCUGCCGGGAGCUGCUCCGCAUUGCAGACAAGUUCACCCAGCACAAUUUUCAGGAGGUAAUGGAAAGUGAAGAGUUCAUGCUGCUGCCUGCCAACCAGUUGAUUGACAUCAUUUCCAGUGAUGAGCUCAAUGUGCGGAGCGAGGAGCAGGUUUUCAACGCUGUGAUGGCCUGGGUGAAAUACAGCAUCCAGGAACGCAGACCGCAGCUGCCUCAGGUCCUGCAGCACGUCCGUCUGCCGCUGCUCAGCCCCAAGUUCCUGGUGGGCACUGUCGGGUCAGACCCUCUCAUUAAGAGUGACGAGGAGUGCAGAGACCUGGUGGAUGAAGCUAAGAAUUACCUGCUGCUGCCGCAGGAGAGGCCGUUGAUGCAGGGCCCCAGAACCCGGCCAAGGAAACCCAUCCGCUGUGGAGAGGUACUCUUUGCAGUUGGUGGUUGGUGCAGCGGUGAUGCUAUUUCCAGUGUGGAGCGUUACGAUCCUCAGACCAACGAGUGGCGGAUGGUGGCAUCGAUGAGUAAGCGGCGGUGUGGAGUCGGCGUCAGUGUUCUGGAUGACUUGCUGUAUGCAGUGGGAGGUCAUGAUGGCUCAUCGUACCUCAACUCUGUGGAGAGAUAUGAUCCGAAAACCAAUCAGUGGAGCAGCGACGUGGCCCCCACUAGCACUUGCCGUACCAGCGUGGGUGUGGCUGUCCUUGGUGGUUAUUUGUAUGCAGUAGGGGGACAGGAUGGGGUUUCCUGUCUCAACAUUGUAGAAAGGUAUGAUCCUAAGGAGAACAAAUGGACUCGUGUGGCCUCCAUGAGCACCAGGCGACUGGGUGUGGCUGUGGCUGUGCUGGGGGGGUUCCUCUACGCUGUAGGAGGGUCUGAUGGGACGUCACCUUUAAAUACAGUGGAACGCUACAACCCUCAAGAGAACCGCUGGCACACGGUGUCUCCCAUGGGAACCAGGAGGAAGCACCUGGGCUGUGCGGUCUACCAGGACAUGAUUUACUCUGUUGGAGGGAGAGACGACACCACAGAGCUGAGCAGUGCAGAGCGAUACAACCCCAGGACCAACCAGUGGUCUCCUGUAGUAGCCAUGACAUCCAGACGAAGCGGGGUGGGCUUAGCUGUGGUGAAUGGUCAGCUGAUGGCAGUGGGAGGCUUUGACGGGACGACGUAUCUCAAAACUAUAGAAGUCUACGACCCUGAUGCUAACACGUGGAGGUUGUACGGCGGAAUGAACUACCGUCGGCUGGGAGGAGGGGUAGGCGUCAUUAAAAUGACUCACUGUGAAUCCCACAUAUGGUAACACCAAACCCUCCCCCCCACCACCUCUCUGUCACACACAUACACACACACACAGUCAAACACUUCUCAUCGCGUUGCAUUGGAUGCCUCUUUUCACCAACUCUCGUGCCUCCAAAAGAGACGCUGCAAUUCGUGCGAGGAGGAAAAAAAAAAAGAUGUGGAGGGGGGGGGGGGAGGGUGAGACAAGACAUAAAGAGCAAAAAACUUUGAAUACGAGUUCAUCCCCGACGUUACUCUGAGGUCAUGAAGUUUGGAAUACCCCUCAUCGACUGACCGUGGUCACCAUGAAGUGUGCUGAGCGCAGAAGUCUACAAAGAACCAUUACGCUUCCAGUGUGGAGAGACAGUCCUCAUGUCGCCUCUACCAAGUUUUCGUCCUUCCAGGCUCUCCCGGUAUGAGACAAUUGAUUUGGUGUUUGUGAUGGCUGGAAACUCAGCUCGGGUUGAUUAUCUUAUAUUUCUGGGGUUUAUGAAGUUUGGAAGAGGAAGGUUUUCAGUUUUUCACUUGAGAAAGACAGCUUCCCUUAUCCUAAAAUGGCAACCCACAAAUUUUGAGAUUUAUUUAUUUCCUGGCGAUGCAGCAUUGCAAACUAACUGUCAGAGGUAAAAUCUCUCUUUCUUUUCCUACUUUGCCGUAGGCUUCAAAACAUAAAUCUCAGCUGUGGCUGUUAUGUCUUCGGGACUCAUGUGUAGCAUCAAACACUAGCAAGCUGUCAGGCAGUUGUAUCCUGAAGGCAUCUAUACGUUCAGAGAGGAAAAAACACAGUUUAUUUCGCUGGUAAUGGUCACCAGGGAGCAGCAUUACAAGGAGGUGUUUUAGGAAGUGACUGCUACUCAGUUCUUUCUCUCAAACCUCCUGUCGUGGAAUGGGGCUUUGCUUCUGCUGCUGCACUUUACAGGAGGCUGCUGUGGCUGUUUGUUACCAUGGGAACAUUUGAAGACAGUGUGAAUGAGUACACUACACGACCUGUUAGUCAACUUUAUCCCCGCACAGUUGAAAGAAUUUGGACGCCAAAAUCAUCCGGUUGUGUUGCUGGUUUGUCGUCCUUUCCAGUGCUGAAUGCUAAACACCUCUGUAUGCUUCAAACAAACUGAAGACCAGACAUUAUUAGAAUGAGCAACUAAAAUGCCAUUAUUGGAGCAAUAACAACAAUUACAUUCUCCUUCUUAUUGGCCAAUAACGUCUCGGUUAGACUCAGCUGUUUUAACACUGUGUGAAGGACCUCGUUAGAUGAUCUGACAAGCACUUCGGGCCGAGGCAUACUGAGACCUUAACAGUGUCACGUGCUGUGUUUCAGAGCUGCCUCCAAAGUGACAUGCUGGCAAUAGUCUAUAUUUUAUGUUGUAUUCUGUUGUCAACAAAUCUCAUUAAAAGACCAAAAACCAACAAUGCCUAUUAAUUCCCACCGAAGUCUUUAAAUGUUUCAAAACACGUACGAAUGUAAUGUUUAAUUCUUCACUUUUUUUGCAGCAGUGGAUUAAUCCAUGUUUGGUGCUCUACUGAGUGUUUGUUGCAGCAGAACAAUGUAUGUGGGAUAGGGUAUAAUUUCAGUGUGUGUGUGUGUGUGUGUGUGUGUGUUCGUUCAUGGUGAUACAGGAUCACGUCACCCAGUGAACAGUGUGGCUCACUGAUGUGUUUUUACUAAUUUUGGACAUCUAUCAGAUGUUGAUACCCACACAGUACUUGUGUGCAGGAAGAUACCUUCAUUGUUGGUUUGGGUCUGCACAUGGGAUUUGUUGACAAAAAGAAUAAAGAAUAUCAUCUUACCAUUAAAAGCUAAUUGUAGUUAUUUUAAAGUAACUCUAAAUGUCUGUGUUGUUUUGGAGAUUUGAAAUUGAAAUCCAAACGUGCUGCCUUAAAAUAUGGGAUUGCUUUCCCUAUUUCCCUAUUUAAAAUAAAACAAGAGUGAAAUUUUGUGUUUACAUCCUAGGUCAUCAAAUUCCAUACGCUUGUUUAAUGUUUUGACACUAAACACUAGAGCCAGUGAUCCACUGUGGAUGAUUUUAGUGUACGUGUCUCAGAACUUGAUUAAGUUUCCGUACCAAAGUCAAGCCACGAGAGAAGUCUAAUUUUUGUUCAUUCCCCCGUAAUGCAACUCAGAGGCUCGGCCUGGCUGGACAGACGGACCACGGCAAGGCUCAGCGCUUUGAUGCAAGGAACGAGUUGAACUGUCAAAUUAAACAUUUGAUGAGUAUUGUAAAUAUUAAAUGUCAGAACUGAAACAACUUUUCAGGCAUUUAAGAUGCUGAUCACCUCUGGGUCAAAGGAUAGGACAGCUUUUCUUUUUUUAGUAAAUAUGUUUUGCAAUUCAGCAGUUUUGGAGAUUAUAAUAGUUAUUUUUGAAUGAGUUACAUAAUAUCCCUGAUACCUAAAAUUAGGGAGCCAUUUUCUCCUUAAAUGAAGGAGAAAUGAACCCAGAUUCUCUAACUGUUACACUUUCGGCAUCUAAGUCUGGUCUCCUCCUGCAAGAAAUUAUAGUUAAAAGAAUAGACCACAUUAAUAUAAUUCAUAACUGUGUGUACAUCAAUAAGGAAAUGGCUUCCUCUGUGGUAGUCAGUCAGGAGUAAUUUUGUUUACAGCUUCGUGGGGAGGGGGGUUAGAGACACAGGUCCUUUUCUGUCUUCACAGUUCCCACAUUCUUGUUUUAUAUAUCAGUGUAAUGGCACCCCCUGCUGGAGCACAGUUGUAGUGCGGCACUGAUGUGAAGAAUAAAAACACCCUCUUUAGUGUUUUUUUAAGCUCUGUAGGAAACAGAAGAGGAAAUUGUUCGAGUCAAAGGGGAAAUUAUUUUGGAUGAAUCUUCUCAGAAUUUAUUGCACUGUGAUUUUUUUUUUUAAUCAUAUUUUUUAUGGGUGUUGAACUUUCCAGAUAUGGGGGGUGGAUGAUAUGUAAAAAUCAUCAUAAGUCAACUUGAAACAUUUCAGGCCUCACACUGAGAAUGAUGGAUUUAUUUCAUAAAUGCAACAUGUGACUUACUUUGUGUCAUGCGCGGUUCAUCACAGUUGUGCACUUUAAAUUAUAUAUGGAACAAAUGCAUCGCUGUAAUGACAGACACGUGACAGCACAUACACAGCUGUUGUUAUGCAUUGUUUUAACCACAUUUCCACGAGCAAGCAGGUGCUCACCCGAAUAUUAGUGUUGAUGUUUGAUAAUAAUUCAAAUCUAAAUUUCUGUUAGGUUUGUGCUAAAGGGAGAUUUCAAGCUGCAGGAUCACUGCUUGCCCAAUGUUGCAAUAUGUCAAAACUUUUUGAGGUAUUUUUCUUUUUUUUCUUUUUUUUUUGUUUGCAGUCACACAUACUGAUGGUGCUCACCUGAAUCUGACCAUUUCAUGCAGUCGUCUGAAAUGCUGACAGAGUAAGGCUUUGUAAUCGUGCAUAUAGAUUGUAGCUUUCAUCAGUACCAUUUGUUGUACUAAAAAUGAUACGGUGUGACCAGCUGUACAUGCCUGCAUCUUGAAAACUCUUCCAACAAUAUCAUGCUACUUUUCACUGCCACAGAGUUACCAGGAAAUGCCACUCAGCUUAAGAGCCCAUACUCUGCAUUAUUUUGGCUCCAGACAGGCCCUGUUAAAUAGCUUUCCUCACCAGGCACAACACCACAUUCUUAUCUUGUGCUGUGAUGCCUUGUCAGACCGAGCAGCACUGUCAAAGACACUGCUAACUCUGGUGAUAGAUGUUUGACCUAACAAAUACUGAUUGGGCUGUCUUGGACCAUUGGCACUGUAUUUGGUUUCCCAAACUGAGUGGAGUUUCUGUUUUUUAGUCAUGUAAGUUACUAAUGAUGCAUUGUGAUAGUGAUGAACAGGAGUUCAGUCAGUAGCCUAUAUUCAGAUAUCUUGUUUUGAGUAGCCUCUGUGCGAUAUGUGACCCAAACAGGGCUGUGAUCUCUGGUGUUAGUUUUCAUGUAUCAUACAGCAAUCUGUCAGCAGCUCUGGACUCACCAUGUUCACCAUGACAAGGAUUAAACUUUCUCCCCAGAAAAAAAAAAAAAA